UUUAAGCUGUUUGGAAGUUCACGUGACCCACUAAGUGACGGGCCCCAGCGGUCACGUGAUGGCGCGCGCGCCCUCGCGCAGGGAGAGCCGGCUGGCGCUGUGCGCGCGCCUUUGCCGCUGUCUCCCUGCCCCUCGACGGGAGGGUGAGGAGCGGCGGAGUCAUCGGGCGACUGGGGCCGGGUGCGCGUGCGCAGCGAACAGCUGUCACCCAGUGCGGAACAAGUCUCCCAAAUUUCCCGAAUCUCCCUGGGCCGGAGGCCACCGUUUGCCUUCUCACCUUCCUCUUCUGGGUCGUGUCCUCUCCCCCGCCCGCGCGCCAGAGACUGCCCCAGCCAUCAUGGAGGUGGCCAAGGUGGAGAGUCCGCUCAACCCCAGCUGUAAGAUCAUGACCUUCAGACCCUGCAUGGAGGAAUUCCGAGAGUUCAACAAAUACCUCGCAUACAUGGAGUCUAAAGGAGCCCAUCGAGCGGGUCUUGCAAAGGUGAUUCCUCCUAAGGAGUGGAAGCCAAGGCAGUGCUAUGAUGACAUUGACAAUUUGCUUAUUCCAGCGCCAAUUCAGCAGAUGGUCACAGGACAGUCAGGACUGUUCACUCAAUACAACAUCCAGAAAAAAGCCAUGACAGUGAAGGAGUUCAGGCAGCUGGCCAACAGUGGCAAGUAUUGUACUCCGAGAUACUUGGAUUAUGAAGAUUUGGAGCGCAAGUACUGGAAGAACUUAACCUUCGUGGCACCUAUCUAUGGUGCAGACAUUAAUGGGAGCAUAUAUGAUGAGCAAAAGAAAUUAAGUUUUAACAUCAUGGCAACCUUGGCCUUGCCCAGAAGAAACUGCUGCAGACAUAUUAUUUGCCCAUUAAUGGGGAGAAUUUCAAUAGGUGUGGAUGAAUGGAACAUAGCCCACCUAAACACGGUCUUGGAUGUGGUUGAGGAAGAGUGCGGUAUUUCUAUUGAGGGUGUAAAUACUCCUUAUCUCUAUUUUGGCAUGUGGAAAACCACAUUUGCGUGGCACACCGAGGAUAUGGACCUCUACAGCAUUAAUUAUCUCCACUUUGGAGAGCCCAAGUCUUGGUAUGCAAUACCCCCAGAGCAUGGAAAACGACUGGAGAGACUAGCUCAAGGUUUUUUCCCAAGCAGUUCUCAAGGGUGUGAUGCAUUCCUUCGCCACAAGAUGACACUGAUAUCUCCCUCAGUAUUGAAGAAAUAUGGUAUUCCCUUUGACAAGAUCACCCAGGAGGCUGGCGAAUUUAUGAUCACUUUCCCAUAUGGCUACCAUGCUGGUUUUAAUCAUGGUUUCAACUGUGCAGAAUCUACAAAUUUUGCUACUGUCAGAUGGAUUGACUAUGGGAAAGUUGCUAAAUUGUGCACCUGCAGGAAAGACAUGGUGAAAAUUUCAAUGGAUAUCUUUGUGAGGAAAUUUCAACCAGACAGAUACCAGCUUUGGAAACAAGGAAAGGAUAUAUAUACCAUUGAUCACACGAAGCCUACUCCAGAAUCCACCCCUGAAGUAAAAGCAUGGCUGCAGAGGAGGAGGAAAGUAAGAAAAGCAUCCAGGAGCUUCCAGUGCACUAGUUCUCACUCUAAGAGGCCUAAGAAUGAGGAGGAUGAGGAAGUGUCAGCUGCAGUUGAUGGGGCAGAGGGCCCCACUCCUGACCCAGACCCAGAUGAGCUCAAGGACAGUGAAAAGCCAGAAGAAGCAGUGAAACUAGCAAACACAGAAGCACCUUCAGAGGAAGAGGCCUCUGCUAGCAGGAUGCAGCAGGAUCACAAUUUAUCAGAUAAUAUCAGAUUCGCAGGAAACGUCUGCCUAAGCACAUCUGUGGCAGAGAAAAUCAAAACUGAGGCUGACCAAACCUGUGCCACAAUUCCGCCUUCAAAUCCCAGUGAUGCUGACGAUUCCAUGUCUAGUGGCCAUGUUAUGUCUAAGGAAUCAGAGCCACCCAAGCUUCCAUGGCCAAAGUCACCUGAGUCGUGCUUCUCUGUGGUGGAGAGUAACAGUGGUUUGACAGAGGGAGAAGAGAGUGAUGUGGAGAGCCAUGGGGUAGGCCUUGAACCUGGGGAAGUCCCAGAGGUCCCCAGUGGAGAGAGAAAUGGCUUCAAGGUCCCCAGUAGAAUAGAAGGAGAAACCAAAACUGCUAAAAGUUGGCGCCAUCCACUUAGUAAGCCUCCAGCAAGAUCCCCAAUGACUCUGGUGAAGCAGCAGGCAACGAGUGAUGAAGAGUUGCCUGAGGUUCCAUCGAUUGAGGAGGAAGUGGAAGAAACCGAGUCUUGGGCAAAGCCUCUGGUCCACCUUUGGCAGACGAAGUCCCCAAACUUCGUGGCCGAGCAGGAGUAUAAUGCAGCCAUGGGCAGAAUGGAGCCGCACUGUGCCGUCUGUGCUCUGCUUAUGCCCUACUACAAGCCAGAUAGCAGCAAUGAAGAAAAUGAUUCCAGAUGGGAGACAAAAUUAGAUGAAGUGGUUACUUCAGGAGGAAAGACUAAGCCCCUCAUUCCAGAGAUGUGUUUUAUUUAUAGUGAGGAAAAUAUAGAAUAUUCUCCACCUAACGCCUUCCUGGAAGAGGAUGGAACAAGUCUUCUGAUUUCCUGUGCAAAGUGCCGCGUACGGGUUCAUGCAAGUUGUUAUGGUAUCCCUUCUCAUGAGAUCUGUGAUGGAUGGCUAUGUGCCCGGUGCAAAAGAAAUGCAUGGACAGCAGAGUGCUGUCUCUGCAACUUGAGAGGGGGUGCUCUUAAGGAAACUAAGAACAAUAAGUGGGCCCAUGUCAUGUGCGCCGUUGCGGUCCCAGAAGUCCGAUUCACUAAUGUUCCAGAAAGGACACAGAUAGAUGUAGGCAGAAUACCUUUACAGAGGUUAAAAUUGAAAUGCAUGUUCUGCAGGCACCGGGUUAAGAAGGUCUCUGGAGCCUGCAUCCAGUGUUCCUAUGGCCGCUGCCCGGCCUCAUUCCACGUCACAUGUGCUCAUGCUGCUGGGGUGCUGAUGGAGCCUGACGAUUGGCCGUAUGUGGUGAACAUCACGUGCUUUCGACAUAAAGUCAACCCAAAUGUGAAGUCGAAGGCUGGCGAGAAGGGCAUCGCUGUGGGACAGACGGUCAUCACGAAGCAUCGCAACACCCGGUACUACAGCUGCAGGGUGAUCGCUGUGACGGCGCAGACCUUCUAUGAGGUCGUGUUUGAUGAUGGCUCCUUCAGCAGAGACACAUUCCCCGAGGAUAUAGUGAGCCGAGACUGUGUGAGGCUAGGCCCUCCUGCCGAGGGAGAAGUCGUUCAAGUCAAGUGGCCUGAUGGCAAACUCUACGGGGCAAAAUAUCUCGGAUCAAAUGUUGCCCACAUGUACCAGGUUGAAUUUGAAGAUGGAUCCCAGAUAGCAAUGAAGAGAGAGGACAUCUACACUUUAGAUGAAGAGUUACCCAAGAGAGUGAAAGCUCGUUUUUCCACAGCCUCUGAUAUGCGAUUUGAAGACACAUUUUAUGGAACGGACAUAAUCCAAGGGGAGAAAAAGAGACAGAGAGUACUGAGCUCCAGGUUUAAGAACGAGUAUGUGGAUGACCCUGUCUACCGCACGUUUUUGAAGAGCUCUUUCCAGAAGAAGUGUCAGAAGAGGCAAUAGUCUACCUACACUGCUGCAGGCAACAGAAUGACUUGCGCCAGAAGAGGAACAAUGAAGGGACAGCCUGGGGCUGUGCCAUGUGUUUUGCUGGGGUAGGUGACGGGCUGUGUCUCUGACAGUGGAAAAUUAGGCUUCCCAGGGUUUGGUCACCAAAACCACAAAAUACGCAUUAUUACUUGUAUACCACAAUCUGAAGUUGUCUCCUAGUCUUGCAUUUACUUCUGAGCAGUUGUCUCCUAUGAUCCCAAAGAAUUUUUCUAAGUAGAAGGGAAUAAUAGUGAAUCACCCAUCGAAAAAAGCCACUGCCAGAGGAGGUGGAUCCCCACGUGUGGCUUACUUAGUCCCUAUUCGGGAACCACAUGGAGACUUCUCUCCUCAACCCUAGCAGGUGGGAGCCUCGAUUCCCAGGUGGGAGGGUGAUAAUUUAUAUAUUUUCCACAGUCAGGGAAGGACUCUCACUUAUUUGUUUUAAAUGGCAGUUUUUAUAAAACAUUUUUAAAACACAAAUGGCAUGUAUGGUAAUGAGAUUUACCCAUAUGCUAUCUGCAUUUCCCUUGUACAGAAAUUUUACAUUUUUUUAUAUCCGUUUUACUUUUGAUUGUGUCUGAUGAGAACUGA